CCCCGAUCCGUUUUAUUGAUGGCCUGGGAGUAGCAAAGGUAAUGCUAAGACACUACAACCAUAUCUGACCGUGUAGUCUGGAGAUGUGCUAACAGAGAACGUCUGGCAUACCUGCCCUAUUGCACUGUCACCAAUUGAUACCUUCCAUCCAUCGAAUGCACAAUGAAUGUGAGAAAUCUCUAGUAGUAAAUGCAAUGCCUUAGGGGAUUGAAUGAAUCCUCCACGUGAUCGGCAUGUUUCCAGGUCCGAAUGACUGCAAUUUGAAUCUUCACCGCCGCGUCACGACCCACUGCUUCGAGCGACAGCGCUUGAUGAUCUUCCCCAGCGCGAUCCCGGUAACGGCCCGCCUCCGGGAAUCAAAAUGCAAACACGUCAGGUUUCAACGAAAGAGCCGCCCCAUUAACGAGGCUGGCCUCCAAUACAAAUGUGAUGAGGUUUCUUGAUUCAGUGGAAAAUCCUCAAUUUGCGCUGACCCAUGGAUGCGACCAAGCCCGAUAUUGACUGCGUGGAUGAGGUCCGUCGCGCUUCACCCGAGGGGCAUCCAGCUCGUGAAACGAUGUCAAUUCACAGCCAUGCAACUGAUGAAUCACCUCCAACUGCAUCGGAUUUUCUGCCCGAGAAACUGGCCGAAAAUGAUCUCGACGAAGCAGAGAAGGUGGCCGUUGGUGCUGGUGAAGCUCCGUACAGUGUCCGUCAAUCCGGGGAGAAAGCCUUUGUGAUCGUCGUGGGGUCUUUUGCAGCUCUAAUUUCCCCGCUCUCGAGCAGCGUAUAUCUGCCAGCACUGAAUAAUCUUGCUCGAGAUAUGGAUGUCUCUGUGUCGCUCAUCAAUCUCACCAUUACAACCUACCUGAUCUUCCAAGGAUUGUCGCCAUCAUUUGUCGGAAGCUUCUCCGAUGGACAUGGCCGUCGUCCUGCAUACAUUGUCUCCUUCAUUAUCUACCUCGGGGCCAACAUCGGUCUUGCAUUUCAGAACAGCUACCCGGCACUGAUGGUCUUGCGUUGCCUUCAAUCGGCGGGAAGUAGUGGCACUAUCGCUUUGGGCAGUGCUGUCGUCGCUGACCUGACGACACGAGCCGAACGCGGGAAAUACAUCGGAUAUGCUAGCAUGGGGAUCUCCCUAGGUCCUGCUCUCGGACCUAUUGUCGGUGGACUCUUGGAUCAUUAUCUCGGAUGGAGAUCCAUUUUCUGGUUUCUUGUCAUUCUCUCGGGAGUCUUGUUCAUCAUUAUUCUGAUCGUUCUACCGGAGACCUGCCGCGCCGUGGUAGGCAACGGGUCCGUUGUCCCACCCUCUUGGAACCGCCCUCUUUGGACUCUUUGCGCACCCAAAUCAUGGUCUCGGCAAGACGACAAGUCUCCGGACCUGACCACCAUCCAAAAGCCCAAGAGACGACCGAAUCCCAUAUCUUCCCUGCUGAUUCUUGCUCAAAAGGAAGCCGGAAUGAUCUUGCUGUAUGGAGGCGUGCUUUUCUCGGGUUACAUGGCCGUCCUGAGUACGCUUUCAACCCAACUGAGCAGUCGCUUUGGAUUCAACUCGAUUCAAAUAGGAUUGUGCUAUCUCCCAAUAGGACUUGGAAGUAUCAGCUCCCGCUGGACCGUUGGGACGCUGCUCGAUUGGAACUUUCGACGAGAGGCACGUCUUCAAGGUUUGGUGAUCCACAAGAAUCGGCAACAAGAUAUCGGAAACUUCAACAUUGAACGAGCUCGACUGGCAGUCGCUUUGCCCAUGAUCUAUAUGGGAGCGCUCUGCAUCCUCGCCUAUGGCUGGGUAAUGCAAUAUCGGACGUCUCUCGCUGGCCCCAUCAUCAUGCUGUACUUUAUGGGUCUCACCACGAGUGGCUCCUUCAAUACGUUGAACACGCUGGUGGUGGAUGUGAAUCAUCAGAGUGCCGCCACAGCCGUGGCUGCAAGUAACCUCUGUCGGUGCUUGAUGGGUGCCGGUACGACGGCAUUCGUGGGCCCACUGAUCGAUGCGAUCGGGAUUGGAUGGACUGGCACCAUCGUGGCCGUUCUCUGGGCCUUGUUCAGCCCUCUUCUGUGGCUUGUCUUUCUGCGCGGUCAUUCAUGGAGGCAAGAACAGGCCCGCCGGGAAAAGCAGAAAAUGGAGACUUCGGGUCAAGACCCACAAGACAGACCUGAUGUUGAACGAAGUGGAGAAAGACGGUCAUCAGAUGCUUAAAUGCCCUGGCGUGAGAGCAGUCGUUCAUAUCGAGUAUCGGAGUUUGGGGGGGAAUCGGGAUACACCAGUCUAAUUGACCGCACGUCCUAGAAAUCCUUCCAUACAAAGAUCUUCUUUUUUAUUUUGAGAGGCUACAACCCAAUAUACAUUCCGUGACCCGUACGCCGAGGCUGCAGUUGUACAAUG